CCCCGCCCGUAGUGGGGGCGGUCCGAAGCCGGGACCGGGGCCGGGCCGGGCCGGGUCCCGGUGGCGGCGGAGGGGCCAUGGCCAAGGCCUACGACCACCUCUUCAAGCUGCUGCUGAUCGGGGACAGCGGCGUGGGCAAGACCUGCCUCAUCAUCCGCUUCGCCGAAGACAACUUCACCAGCACCUACAUCUCUACCAUCGGGAUCGACUUCAAAAUCCGGACAGUGGACAUCGAUGGGAAGAAAAUCAAGCUGCAGGUCUGGGACACAGCAGGACAAGAGCGCUUCAAAACCAUCACCACAGCCUAUUACCGUGGAGCUGUGGGCAUCAUCCUGGUGUACGACAUCACUGAUGCAAAAUCCUUUGAGAAUAUCCAAAACUGGAUGAAGAGCAUCAAGGAGAACGCCUCAGCAGGGGUCGAGCGUCUCCUGAUCGGCAACAAGUGUGACAUGGAGAGCAAGCGCAAAGUGCAGCGCGAGGAGGCAGAGAAGCUGGCAAAGGAGCAUGGAAUCCGCUUCUUUGAGACCAGUGCCAAGUCCAGCGUGAACGUGGAGGAGGCCUUCAGCAUGCUGGCACGGGACAUCCUGCAGAAAUCCUCCCGGAAAGCAGCCUCCAGCGGCAGCAGGCCCCUGCUAGAGCCCGGCCCCGCGAGGAAGGCCGGGGGCAAAUGCUCCCUGGCAUAGAGCCACUGGACUGCCCCCGCCGCCACCGCUUCCCCUGCCUGCCCCGGUGCAGCGCGGGCGCCUCUCUGGGGGUUGGGGAACCGACACGACGAGUUCGCAGGGGUCGCCGAGACUGGCUGGGGGGUGGUAACAGGGCUGACACCCCCCCCGCCCAGUCCACAUCUUGUGCCAUAAAGCCCAGCUUGUGCCUUG